AAUUUAUAUUCUACACUAAUAAUUUUCUUUUGAUAUUUAGUUGUAAUGAUUGAAAAUUUUACUUUAUAUUAAUAUAAUUAGGGUAUGAUCUUUGCAAGGUCCCUUGAAUGGACCACCAAUUAUGACAUUCACUGACAGCUAGAAUCUUAUUUGACAUGUGUCAAAUGCGCGAGGAGAUGCAUCUGGCAGCUGAUAAAUAAAUACAAUUUGGUGUGUUUAUAUGGUCGGAUUUAACUAAAAGAGAAGACAAUGGCGACGAGGAGUCUCACUGACGUCUACUUGCUGAUGAGGAACAACGCUCUGCGGAGCCGUUACCAUCUUCACGAGUUCGAACAGGAAUUCUCCGAGCGGUUGCAGCUGGUCGUGUUGGGGGACGUGGAGCAGGGACUCGAGAAUAAAGAUGAGGAGGUGCUAUCUCCGCCGUUGUGGAUCGAUCAGCUGGAGAAGGCGCAGGAGACGCUCACGAAACUCAAAGACAAGAUAACAGAGUUGAAGACUUUGCAUUCCAGGCACUUGCACAGGCCCACGUUUGAUGAGAGCUCCGAAGAUGAGGUUCUUAUCGACAAAUGCACAGCCGACAUAAGCAACAUGUUCAAUGGGGUGCACAGACUGAUACAGAUUGUGAAGAGCCACGCGAUGGAUGGAAGCAUGAGGGAGCGAAGGGUGACGGUGAACGUGGUGAGGAGUUUGGCGACUUCGCUGCAGGAGUUGUCGAUGCAGUUCAGGGCGACGCAGAACGGUUAUCUGAGGCAGAUACAGUCGCGCGAGGAGAGAUCCAAGGUGUACUUCGAGAAUCCCAGUUUGGAUGAUUACGACGUCUUCAACGAGGACAACAUCGACGAUUACUUCGUGCGCUCGAAGCAGAUCACGCAGCAGCAGCUGCUGUUCCUCGAGGAGGAGAACACGAAGAUGGCUCAGCAGAGGGAGCAGGAGGUCACCGCGAUCGUCAAAUCCAUAGUGGAUUUGAACGCGAUCUUCAAGGAUCUGAGCCAGAUGGUGGCGGAUCAGGGCACCGUCCUCGACAGGAUAGAUUACAACAUCGAGCAGACUCAAACGAAAGUCUUCGAGGGUUUCAAGCAGCUGCAAAAAGCCGACGCGUACCAGAGGAAGAACAGGAAGAUGUGCGCUAUACUCGUGUUAGCUGUCACGACGAUCCUGCUCUUCUUCACGCUGAUAAUCGUCAAAACUUGAAUGACGUAAACGAGCUCCGCCCCCCUAGUCAAACUCUCCACCAACCACAACCCUGUAUAUACAUUAUAUAAUAGUAAUUUAUUCCAUUCCCAAGACGACGACAACAAAACAAACAAAC